AUGCAUGGAAGUACAAAGCCACCGUCUCCCCUUUUUUACACCUUAGCUCCCAGUAUACAAACUUCUUCUCUUAUGGUUUCUCUAUCCUCUUCCUCUUCGACUGCUAGAUAUGCACAACUGAUCCUUGGGGUGAUUCUCCUCGGUUUAUCAGGAAAAAUCAUCAACGACAGAAACUCCUUGACAUCUCUGGCAGAUGAGCUAAUGGAGCUCUAUAACAGUACUUCAUCCGAGACUUCUUUUUCCUUGGCUAAACGGGACGCAAAUGAGCCCUCCCUUUACGUUGACCCCUCGUGGAAAAAAUCUGCGGUUGUGCUUUCUUCAGCCUGUACCAGUAUUAGUUCCAAUUCCUUGAACUACGCGUUGCCAAAAUUUAUCACUAAAAAGAACACAAAUUCAAACACCCAAGCCCUUCUGUGGAAGUCUUCUGCCUUCAGAACCUUGUCAACCAGUGCGUCGGAUUUUGUUUCCAAGACGGCGAUAGGUGUUUCCCUGAAACAAGCUGGAUAUGCUUCAUCAUUAUUUGGAUCUGAGGUGCUUUCGCAAGCAUUGUGGGUAGUCAAUGUAAUUAUUCAAGUCAGUCAAUUUGGCUCCCAAUCAUGCUCCAAUGUCGAAGGCUUGAUCAGCAGCUAUAACCUUACUUCUGAUCUUUCCGAUUUCAUAUUGUCUAAUUACUACAACGAGAACGGAUCGGAUAACUUGACAUCGUCUGAUAGUGAGCUAUACGACCAGAUUGAAAACUUAUUCUCUCAAUCAAAUUCCUCAAAUCUCUUGGGGUCUCUAUCCAGCUUGCUAGACUCCUACAAUUCCAAUAAUCUUACUACUUUGGAGAAGCAGUCGGCCUUGUUACUCAAACUUGCAAGCAAUUGCCAGCUAAAGAAAUCUUCCAUGGCUUUGUCCAUCAUUACUCUUGCAACCUAUCUUCUUACUAGUACCUUUUUGGCUUCAAGUGCCGUGUCAUUUGUGAAUCAGUACCAUAAAGAAAAAGAACAGGCUACCAAAGCGAUCCAAGCUAAGCCAGAAAGUGAAGACACAGCAUCGGAAACACCGAGACCUCAAAUUCAUUUUGUUUAUAAAUCUGACUGGCUCCUCCCAGAUAUUCUUAGUGAUGAGGAGCUUUAUUCAAUUUCAACCGUAUAA